AUGCUUGCUGUGGAUUUUCGGAUGAAGUCACAGCAGGAGGCAGAGAUCAGGCAGAGGCUGAUGGCAAUACUGGACUACAAAGCUGGCAAAACGGUCUCACUGCAACAAUUGCAUCAGGAGUGCGAAAACUUCUUAAGCCUCAAGAGAGACAGUGAAGUUGUCGCCGGAACUAUGAAACUAGUGGAAGCCACGUCCGUACCAGAAGCGGAAGGAAAUAGAAUGUUGGAACUGUGA